CGCCGAGCCAAUAUGGCGGACACUGUACGUCACAAAGCCCGUUUUCCCUUUACCGAUUGCCCUCCCACAUUUUCUUCAUUCAUUUCAUACCCGCUGCUGCUGCUCUCCAAACCACCUUCGUCUUUGCCUGCGUCAAACAACCCUCUUUCUUCCCCAGCUCCUGUCGAUCACGUGGUGCUGGUAGUCAACGAGCAGUGCUAUCCCUGAGAGUUUUGCUGUCAGGGCUUUUUCAUCCUUCACUUUCACAUAAUUUCGGUGCCCCGCUAACCUGUUGGGCUGUCCGGUUCCCCGAUUAACAGGUCGAACCCAAGCAACGCAAGUCCGUCGCAUUCAGUGAAGGAGACGUCAUCAUGGAUACCAACGGCGAAGUCACAGAGACCCCUCAGGUUGAGAAGCCCGUUGAGGCUGCUGAGGACAAGUCCGUCGACGAAGUUACCGAGCUCUUCAAGGGCCUGUCGAAGAAGAAGAAGACCAAGAAGCCCAAGGACACGGAAGCCGGCGAAGGCGAUGAGGCCUCCCCCGCCGGCGACGGCGAGUUCGACGUCUCCGCCCUGAAGAAGAAGAAGAAGUCCAAGUCCAAGAAGGUCGACACCGACGACUUCGAGGCCAAGCUGGCUGAGGCCGGUGUCACCGCCGCUGCCGGCGCCGGCGAGGAGAAGGAGGAGGAAGUCCCUGAAGGCGACCACGAGGCCGGUACGGGCAUCUGGGCCCACGACGCCACGCAAGCCAUCCCCUAUGCGCUCCUCGUCUCCCGAUUCUUCUCCCUCAUCCAGAGCCACCACCCCGACCUGCUGUCCAGCGGCACCAAGUCCUACAAGAUCCCCCCGCCCCAGUGUCUCCGUGAAGGUAACCGUCGUACCAUUUUCGCCAACAUCGCCGAUAUCUGCAAGCGCAUGAAGCGGUCCGACGACCACGUCAUGCAGUUCCUGUUCGCCGAAUUGGGUACCAGCGGUAGUGUCGACGGUUCCCGUCGUCUGGUCAUCAAGGGUCGUUUCCAACAGAAGCAGAUCGAGAACGUCCUGAGAAGAUAUAUCGUCGAAUACGUCACCUGCAAGACCUGCCGCAGUCCCGACACCGAGCUCAACAAGGGUGAGAACCGUCUAUACUUCGUCACCUGUAACUCUUGCGGUUCUCGUCGUUCCGUCGCCGCCAUCAAGACCGGUUUCCGUGGACAGGUCGGCCGCAGAAAGAGACAGGGUUAAACGAUUUAAAAGCAGGGAAUUUAAUUUGUUAUUCCCCCACCCCAAAGAGGUGCGGAGGGGACAAAAAGAAAAGGGGCGGAGAAUUGGAGAGGAAGAAAGAGGGGUUUUGUGCGUUUCUUCUAUGGAAUAUAUGGGUUUUUGCGUGUGGCAUGGUCCCUUUCCCUUUCUUUUUCUUUUUUU